AGGUGGCGGUAAUGCGACAACUUUCAUAUUGACUUUCUCGAUUACCGUGUCGAAGAAGCGGUACAGUCACGCUCGAGAGAGGCGGGUACCUCAGUCAUGGCUGCGUCGAUUCAAAGUUUGCUGGAAGAAAUCUCCAGCAUAGAAGAUCCAGUUGAGGAGUUACAGAGCUUAAAAACGGCGCUGCUGUCCAUACCGGUCAGUGCAUUGAGAGACUCUCUGAGCGGACAACGUUUGGAUGUGAUAUUUUCUCUGCUCAGCUCCAAUGACAGGCAGCAGGUGGAGCUUUGUGUGGAGAUCCUGGACCGGAUCCUGAUGGCCCUCAGCCCUCUUCAUCUGGUCCAGAACUACAGGACAGAGCUGCAGGGAGGCUUGACCCAUCCUAACGACACCGUGAAGAUUCUGGCUUUAACGCAGAUUGGCAGAAUGGUGGAGCAUCCAGACGCCGCCACAGAAAUCCUCAACAGCGAGGACGUUCUGAGAGCUAUUAUCCUCUGCAUCGGAGAGGAAAAGAUAUCUGUUGCAAAAGAGGCAAUUGGAUCAUUGUCUAAACUGAGUUACUCCAAACCUGGAUUAGACAAAUUAUUCCACAGUGAACUUCUUAACUUUUGGUGGAAAUCUCAUCAGCAUCUCCUAUUUCUCUUGGUUAUUGUGCCAACACCGGCCUUAUUUCCCAGCUGCUCAGUGAACUGACGGGUGACGACGUGCUGAUUAGAGCCACGGCCAUAGAGAUGGUAACGUCUCUGGCUCACAGUCAACAUGGCCGACAGUAUUUGGCUCAGCAGGGGAUAAUGGAUAAGAUCUCUAACAUGAUCAGAGGGGCGGAGACAGACCCCUUCUCCUCUCUCUACCUUCCUGGUUUGGUGAAGUUCUUUGGAAACCUGGCCAUUAUGGACAGUCCGCAGCAGGUUUGUGAGUCCUACCCGGUGUUCCAGAGCAAAGUGUUCGAGAUGGCUCUUGACACGGACCCAGCAAUGAUCGGAGUGGCUCUGGACACUUUGGGGUUACUGGGAUCUACAGUGGAGGGGAAGCAGGUUCUUCAGAAAACAGGGGAAAAAUUCAAGGCUGUGUUGGCAAGGAUGAGUCAGCUCGCCAGUUCAGGGGCUACGGAGCUCAGAGUGCGCAGUUUGGACGCCAUUUCCCAACUUCUGACUCUGAUGCCAGAGCAGCAAACCGAAGACCUCCUGGCCCUGACAGAAUCCUGGUUUCACCUUUUGUCCAAACAGCCGAUGGAGAUGAUUCGCAGCAUCAGCACUCAGCCUUUUCCAGAGCUGCACUGCGCGGCUCUGCGGAUAUUCACGGCCGUCGCCACUCAGCCGUGGGGUCAGAGGCUGAUGAUCAACACUCCCGGGUUUAUGGAGUUCAUCUUGGAUCGCUCAACCGGUCAAACGAAGGAGGCUAAAGACUCCAAGUUUGAACUGGUGGGCUCACUGGCUGGUUCCUCCACGGCGGCAGAGAUUCUGGGCAGUCAGCAUUACCUCCGCCUGAAGACUUAUCUCAGAGAAGGACCUUAUUACGUCUCAGCUGUGGCCUCAGUGAGCACAGAAGGAGCGGACUGAACCUCAACACUUCAGUCCUACUUUAAAUUAUCUGUUCCUUUUUUUAGUUAUGUAACUGGAUCAGCUCUACUCUUUUAAGCUCAUAAACUUACAAGAACUUUGGGGAUCUGUAAUGAGUCGUAUUGUUUUUCUGAUGAAUAUGACACACCUUCUUUACUGGGGCACAAAAAUCAAUGCAGAUGAUACAAAAAAGUUCAGAAAUAAACGAGAAAAUAUUAAUAAAA